AUGACUAACCCCGCAAACCCCAUGUCCGUCCCCGCCUCGGACCUCCCCCAAAUCCUGAACCUCCUGGAAAUGGCCAUCACCUCAACCCUCAUCCACCCGCCCACUGCCCCCCGCACCACCCCCACCCCCGCCGCCCACGCCCUCUCAGCCGCCAAAUCCUCCAUCACCACCCUCCCCCACAGCGGCCUCGGCGCCAAAGAAACGCUCUCCCACCUCCUCACCGAAAUCCUCCCGGGCCUCACCGCGCAGUCCACCUCCCCGCACUACUAUGGCUUCGUCACCGGCGGCACCACCCCCGCCGCCCUCGCCGCCGACAUCAUCGUGACGGUCACAGACCAGAACGUGCAGGUCCACCUGCCCCACGAGAGCGUCUCCACUGACCUCGAGAACGCCGCGCUCUCUAUGCUGCUGCAGCUGUUCCACCUCGACACGGCGGAGUGGCGCGGCCGCACGCUCACGACGGGCGCAACGGCGAGUAACAUCCUCGGCCUUGCGUGCGCGCGUGAGCACCUCCUGCGGGAGAAGCUAAUACUCGCGGGGUACAUCCCGGCGGAGGCCUCGGUCGGCGAGAUGGGUGUGCUGGGGGCAUGUGUAGAGGCGGGCAUCACGGGAAUCCAGAUCCUCUCUGCGGCGGCGCACUCGUCGAUUGCGAAGGCGGCGUCGACGGUCGGGAUUGGAAGGAGGAAUAUACAUGACCUAUCCCUCCCCGCCGCCCCGUGGGAGUUUGAUCUAGAGGAGCUGGAGCGCCGGCUGGAGGCGGGGAGCCAGAGGGGCGUUGUGAGUAUUGUGGUGGUCGGGUUCGGAGAGGUGAAUACUGGGAUGUUCACAACGAGCAUCCGGGAGAUUAGGGCGCUGACAACAAAGUACGGGGCAUGGCUCCAUAUCGAUGCGGCCUUCGGCAUCUUUGCGCGGGUCCUUGCUGGCGCCGAGGGCGCCAUGGGCGACGUCGGGAAAUGGGCCGACGGGCUAGAACUCGCCGACAGUAUCACCGGCGACGGGCACAAGCUCCUCAACGUCCCCUACGACUGCGGCUUCUUCUUCACCCGCGACCCCGCCCUCCUCACCAGCACAUUCCUCAACUCCGCCCCCUACCUCUCCAGCCCGCCCACGGCCACUCCCGCAGCAAUCCCCUCCCCGCUGAACAUAGGCCUCGAGAACUCCCGCCGCUUCCGCGCCCUCCCAGUCUACGCCACGCUCCACGCCUAUGGCAGCACUGGCUACGAAAAGCUCGUCACGCAUCUCGUCACCCACGCCCGCGGAAUCGCACGCUUCAUAUACCGGCAUGCGGCGUAUGAGCUGCUGCCUGCGGGUGCCGGGGGCGAGGAGGAGGCGGUGGGGAGGGUGUUUGUCGUGGUGCUGUUUAGGGCGAGGGAGGAGAGGGUUAAUAAGCGGUUGAAGGAGAGGAUUAACAGUGAUGGGAGGAUGUAUGUUAGUGGUACUAUGUGGGAGGGGAGGGAGGCGGUGAGGUGUGCGGUGGGAAACUGGAGGGUUUGUGCGGAGGGGUGGGGGCUUGUGGAGGAGGUGCUGGAGGGGGUUAUAAAGCGUGCGGCGGAGGAGAAGGGGGAGGAGUAG